AUGACGAUAAUGGUUCUGAAGGUGGACCUUCAGUGUGAAAAAUGCUACAAGAAGGUUAAGAAAGUUCUCUGUAAAUUCCCUCAAAUACGAGACCAGACGUACGAGGAGAAGAACAACCAGGUGAUCAUCAAGGUGGUUUGCUGCAGUCCUGAGAAGAUCAGAGACAAGCUAUGCUGCAAAGGAGGUGGCGCCAUCAAGAGCAUCGAUAUCAAAGAGCCCAAGCCCAAGGUAGAGAAGCCACCAGUGGCAGAAAACCAGAAGCCUGAAGAGAAGCCGAAGCCUUCUGCGCCUCCGUUUCCUGCUUACCCUCCUGUGACGGUGAGUGCGUGUUGUAUUGUUUGUUACGGAGGGCAUCCGGGUGGUCCCUGCCAAACUGGGUACGGUUACGGUGGGGCAGCACCAUACAUAGAGUACGAUGGCUACUAUGGAAGGCCGGUGUAUGAUAGUUACGGCGGUGGGAGGAGCUACGCCACUAGUAGUUGCUGCGUGACACGCCCCGAUUGUUUCAGUGAAGAAAAUCCCCAAGUGUGCGCCAUCAUGUAAAAUCGAUCAUGUCUCUAUACCUGCCUUGACUUGCUACUGUACUUUAUGGGAAAACUGCUUCCAGCUCGAUCGAUCGGUGUUUCUAUUUUACCAGUGUACGUUAAAGUUGGUGUUGUUUUUUAUACGUAGAACAAAAGUAAAUAAUAAAGUAUGGUUGGUGAUC